UACAUACGUGUUUUACUGCUGCCAAAAAGGGCACAGACUGGGGAACACCACAGACAACAGGAGUGAUGUGAAAAUAUAUUUCAAAACUUAUUUAUUAAACGUGAAAAAAUCCAUGAAUUAGCAAGAUCAAUCGUUCAUUCAUUAUCACAUCGUUCUGUUGUGAUUUAUCGUUUAUAUAUUGCUCCAAUUGUCAGAUAGAAUUCAAUGGAAAAUUGAAAGGGAAUUAAAUAGUGUGGAAACGUGAGAGUGGGAAAAACAACAAUGUCGAGUGCACUGGAGAACAAGAUACUGAAUUUGCAGGAACGUCUCAGGGCGGAGAAGGAAUCGAUGGAGAGGGAUAGACAGAUUAAUGAUGUUCCUGGGACUAACAACCAAGUGCAACCAUCUUCGUCGGCACCCAUGUCCAGUCCCAUCGUUCGAAGGCCACAGAGGCUUGGUGACAUGGGGACGCCGACAAGGCCCAGGAGACAGCUGGAUCUGCCAGUGUCACAGAUGUUGCCACCAAAGCCACACGACAGCGAGGUAGAAUCCAAACUUCAGGAAAUUAUGAAAAUGAAUGGGAUUCUCAAUAUCAAUGGUAUGAAGUAUCAGACCGAGAUGAAGGAUCUGGAGCAUCUCGGAGAGCUUGGCAAUGGCACCUGUGGGCAUGUUGUCAAGAUGAGGCACAAACCGAGUGGUGUUGUCAUUGCUGUCAAGCAGAUGAGACGCUCUGGCAAUGCCGAGGAGAACAAGAGGAUUAUCAUGGAUCUCGAUGUUGUGUUGAAGUCACAUGAUUGUCCCUAUAUUGUACAAUGCCUCGGGUGCUUUAUUACCGAGUCGGAUGUGUGGAUUUGUAUGGAACUCAUGGCAACCUGUUUGGACAAGCUGCUGAAGAGGCUCAGGCAGUCUAUACCUGAGGAUUUUUUAGGGAAAGUUACUGUAGCUACUGUGAAGGCACUCUCGUACCUGAAGGAGAAACAUGGGGUUAUUCAUAGGGAUGUUAAGCCUAGUAAUAUUCUGCUGGAUGAGAUGGGGGGAGUCAAGUUGUGUGACUUUGGUAUCUCUGGGAGGCUUGUCGAUAGCAAGGCCAAGACCAGGAGUGCUGGCUGUGCAGCGUACAUGGCGCCCGAAAGAAUAGACCCCCCAGAUCCAACGAAACCAGAUUACGAUAUAAGAGCAGACGUGUGGAGUUUGGGUAUAACUCUCGUGGAAUUGGCUACUGGAGUUUUUCCCUAUCGAGACUGCAAGACUGAUUUUGAGGUUUUGAGCAGGGUAGUUCAAGACGAUCCACCUGUCCUCCCUCCAGACACUCAUUUUUCGAGGGAGUUUCGAUCGUUCGUCAACUCCUGUCUAACGAAAAACUAUAAACAUCGGCCUAAGUACCCCAAACUUAUGGAGCACCCGUUUAUUAAAAAAUACGAUACUCAUUCAGGGGAAAAUGCCAAUGGCCUGUCAAUGUCUGGAUGCCAAUGGUUCGACAGCGUAAUGCGACAGCUCGAGCCAAGUUUCAGGUCUAUUGGGGGCUCGGGCCACGUAUCGUUGAAGACAACAGCCCACAUGAGGAAUCAGGAGGGUGGAUUACUCAGGACUAAGACCAAAGAGCCAAUUUCCACAGUUACGUACAAUCAACGAGCCACUGAAAAUGGUACCUAUGUGCCCUACAGUCCCUAUGCACUCAGGAGGAGGGAGAUGAUGACGAGGCCUUUUUCACCACCAAGUGGCGAGCAGGAGAGGUCCUUUUCGCCUUAUCGCACUGAGGGGAGAUGCUCUAAUGGACAGAGCUUGGAAUCGAGACCUUAUUCGCCUUAUUUUGCACGAUUUGAGGAGGGGAGCGAUCGUUGGGGGAGUGCCCCACGAUCUCUCAGCCCUUUCUCCAGGGAUUAUUCACCUUGGAGACGGGAAAAUGUUGAUCCACCUGGGGUUGUUCAGCCAUUGGAGACUGGGAGAUAUUCACCCUUUGUACAGCCGAGGUACUAUCAUCCGCCACAAACACAUCCACCUGCACAUGAGAUUUAUGCAAGUCCUAUGAUGAGUCGUAAGAGGUUUCCCUCUGAGCCACCACCGCCUAGCUCUCACGGGACAACGAGUCCCCAACUAUUUAUUUCUCGUUUCACGAAUCAGUCGAAACAAGAAAAUAAUACAACAGUUGCCUCGCAAACUCCACCGCCUCCAUCGAAGGAAUCAGCGAAGAAGAGAUUUGCAUCAUAUGUUAGGCUGAGACUGGGAGGAGAUCGUUCAGCAUCACCUGAGCCACCACCCAGGCUUAGUCGUGGGGAAUCACCACUUGCUAUGCGAAGGAAUCUGCCGGAACAGGCUUCACCUUCAUUUCCACGAAGGUACGUGUCUCCCUCGCCACCACAGCCACCACCUCGACGACUUUCCGAAAGUAUCUCAGUGCCAGGAAGUCCCCAGUACUUUCGAGCUCGACUCCUUUACACUCCCGAGCCCCAACGAAAGCCUCCGCCCCCAUAACCCAACGUCAAUGUUAACGUUAAUGUUAUCAUCACCAAUCCACCAUCAAUCCUGGUGCCAUGCGUUACCAACGCUCCAGAGACUGUAAGUAAAUACACGGAUUACGAUGACGAUCCAAAGACGAGCUUCACCUGUGGCGCACUACUCUGCAGUGUAAAACCAAAAAAACGUAGCACAAGGAACGAUCAAUGGUUCACCUGGAGGACCGUUCGUGAUAAUAGAAAUUUUUUGCACGCAUAGGUUGAAGAAAUUUCGAGAGAUGCGAAGAUUUUAAAGAUUCUGUAGCGAAAAGGUAGAGGGUAACAAGUCUACUUGUUCUUUCGUCGAAUUUUCGAGGAAUAUCUCCGUGUCUAAGAGGACUAGUGUAAUUUUUCAUGGCUCCUUUUGUUGAGCAAAAUUUGUGCUACAAAGAACGUUUCAUCACAAAUUGCAUUAUCUCUUUUAGCUGUUGGGAUAUUUCACAAAAAUGUACUUAUUAGCUAAAUCGACUUGUUAUCCUGGUCUUGUUUUCUAGUCGAGGUUUUAAGGGAUAUCUCUGAAACUAAGAAAGAUAGCAAAAUUUUUCUCAGGGCUUUUGUUGUAGGGUAGAUCAAUGAGAGUUAGAAAAAAGGUUUUCUGGCCUUAUGACAUAAAUUAAGAUUUAGAAAAGUUUCACCUAUCUCUCUUCGAGUCACAGAUAUUUACAGAAAACUUCACUGCUGGGUUAAUGAGGAGAAAAUUCAGUAGUUAAUCAAAUUGUCUGUUGCCACUUUGAUACUGAACGAUAAAAACUCACAGGCCUUUUUUGCAAACUUCAAGUGUGAAGGAAAUUUUAUCGAUAUAUAAGCCUCUUGUAUUAAUGUGUAUUUGUAUAAAACGCAGUGCUCAACUUUUUAUAUCGCUUGUGGAAAAAGUACUCAACGAAGAGGAAAAAAAUAUAGCAAAGUUUGAGAGCAGUUUGUGUGGCUUUUUUGUCAGAAGCUGAACGUUGAACUAUGGAAACAGUGAGGAUGUAUGCUCCUACGAUUGUUCAGUCACGUAUUUCGUCUAGAGUGAAUAUUGCCGUUUGUAUUGCUACUUUUCUAUUUGAAAAACUCGAAUGUCUGUGGCUUCUGUAUCUUUUUCAGACCACAGGGAGUCAAAAAUUUCCUAAUAUUAGAAAAUAAGUUUCUAGAACUGAGAAGUUUUAGGAAAAAAAAUUCCAGAAUCAAGAAUAAAUUUUGUCAAAUGUAGAAACUUUUUUUCUCUAACUGCAACGUCAAAGAAGAAAAAAUCUUUCUAGAUAACCAGAGUUUUCCCGCAAUGUGAACAUAUUUAGACGUAAAUUUUUUGUACGACAAGCGUUCGAUCGAUCCUGAAUUCACUAAAGAACCUGUGGAGUGAGAGAAUCGGUUGGAGGUAAUGCACAAGUCAUUCGAGGCCCUAAUCAUGCAAGUCUCUGGAUCCUGGAGACGUUGAUUGUAAAUUGUUUGAGAGGAGCAGGUCGUUGUAAUUAUUAGUUUUAAUCACUACUUCAUUCAUUGAACAUCACGUUCGAAGAAUAACCGACACGCGCAUGACCUACAUUUAAAACAGCAUCGAGAAUGAAAAAGGAACACGAACAAUAACUUUCGUCGCUUAUUUGACAGAGGGAUCUGUUGUAUUGUAAAUAAACUUAUAUUUAUACGGAUGAAA